AAAAGGGUAUACCACCACCACUUCCUCUUGCUACGUAGCACUUAUCUUCUCAGCGAUAUCAAUGACAAUGACUCCUUCAGCCUACCACUUCCUCUUCUUCUUCCUCCUCUUCUCUUCUCCGAGUCUCAUCGCCGGCCAACUGUUGUACAACGUCUGCGGCACCACCGGCAAUUUCACCGCUAACAGCACCUACCAAACCAACCUCCAUCGCGUCCUAUCCUACCUCUCCCACAACGGCUCCACCUCCGGGUUCGCCACCACCACCUUCGGCCAAAUUCCCGACCUCGUGAUCGGCCUGGCGCUCUGCCGCGGCGACGUCAAGACCACCGAGUGCCGCGCGUGCCUGAACACCGCGACGCAGGACGCGCAGCAGGUCUGCCCCUUCAACAGGGCGUCCAUGGUCUGGUAUGACUUCUGCUUCCUCCGCUUCUCCAACGUGGAAUUCCUCGGCUCCACCAGCAACGACCCGGAACUCCUCUUGGGCAACACCGCCUACGUCAGCAACCCACAACGCUUCGAUCGCCUCCUCAAUCUUUUACUCAACGCGACCCUCGACAGAGCAGCCAGAUCGGACAAACGGUUCGCGACGGGCGUGGUGAGAAAAUUCACGGAGGAGAACCCGACGGUGUACGGGCUGGUGCAGUGCUUACCAAGCUUGUCGGAGUCUCAAUGCCGGCAGUGCGUGCGCGGUCUGUACGACCCGCUGCCGUCGUUCCUACAGGGGAGGCAGGGGGGAAGGGUCCUCGGCGUGACAUGCACCAUGAGGUACGAGAUCUAUUCCUUCUUCGAGGGCUCGCCCAAGGUUAAACUCACAGUCCCGCUGGAAAACGGCACUCCGCCUCCUCCGCCGCCUCCGCCACCUCCGCCUGCCGUCCCCUCCCCCUGACAAGGAGGAAAAGAAGUGGUCCUCUUUAAUGGCAAGAAAUCGUCCGGUUGCGGUGCCUGGUUGCGUCCACGAGUUACCUUCGAAGAGAAGGAGCCAGGAGCCCACCAAGAUUGCCAUUAAAGUAAAUAAAGGGGAGAAAAUUCUAGAAUUCCAUAAGUCUUGAAUUGGUCAACUGCAGAGAUAGAAAAUUAUCUAAAUAAAGCUUAUUAUUGAUCUUCUGUUCAUGAGUGUUUCUUCAUGUAUAAUAAAAUCUAUGUCUCUAGAUUUGCCAUA